CCUACUGGCUUACGCCCACGAGAAGGAAUUUUAGAAUAGGUAAGUUAUAGGGACCAUUGUUCCUGCGGGUGGUCCACAACAGAACCAUGACCGAUGUGGCUGUGGAUCUUCGAGUGGCCACAGGCCGUACAACUUAAAAGACGCGUGUUAUAUGGAUACACAGUCAACAUUCGUUUUCGCUCUGACAGCGACAGCCUUUAAUUUUUCCGUCUCUCACCUGAAUAUCAAGCAUCACAAUAUGUCUGCAUCCAAACUCUCACGUCAAGCGAUACAAAACUCAUGGUUCAACGAAACCAAGUCUACUCUCCCGCGCCUCGUACCAUGCAAACUGCCGUCCCACCCACACAAGCUGGAGCUAUCCUAUCCCCCCAAACAACGCUAUACACACAACUACGGUUUCUGGCUCAGCCCCGAAUGGCUCAUUGACCUCGGAAAACACAUCCGACUCAUUGAAGAUUGCGUCGAGCCUCCUGACCACACUGAAUUUUGGAUGAGAGGAAUCGGUUACAUCCGUUGGGCCCUUGACAUCGAUCCUCUGACUGCCGAGAACUGUUUUCUGACUAUCGAGCACUGCGUUCAGCCGGAGACAAACGGCGCGCCUAUAGAGUGUGUGGAUUCUGAUGGAGAGGUGGUUGUUUUAUCUGUGUGCUCUGAUAACGAGACGGACAUCCGAGUCAUUCCUUACCAGGAGCAAGUGGAUUAUUUGUCAAAUCUUCUUGGUAGAAAACCACAGUGGUGGGUCAAUAUCUGUCUACCGCGCAAUGCUUGGGAGUGA